AUAUUAUUUAUCAGGGUGUUGCUGCUACAUAGUCUGCUGUUUAUUUACUGUUUGCAUUACCCCAACCCCCAGACACCCCUCCCACAUUGUGUAUAUGUACAUGUGUAUGUAAGGCAAGGAGGGAGGGAGACCGAGAGAGAUCCUCCCUAUAUGGUGUGCGUUGCACCAUUCCCUGGUCUGUAUUAUGAGUGGUGGCCCUAGUGAUGCUGCAGCGAGGCGGGCUGGAGGGGGAAAAAAGAGGAGAGGAGAAGGAAGGGAGGGGAGGGGUCGCUCCAUCCCCUGUGCGCCCACCGAAUCCACUUCUCACAGAGCGCGGGGCUGCUGGCUGGCGGGAAGGCACGAGAAAGAGAGCGAGAGAGUGAGAGAGCGAGGGAACGAGAGGAGGGAGGGAGAGGGAGAAGCGAAGAGAGAAGAGGAGAAAAGCGUGUGUGUGCGUGUCCGUGUGUGCGCGUGUGGAUUGCACCACCGCAUCCAGUUCACCGUUUUCUGCAGGCGGCCAUGCUCCGAUGGAGAGAAUAAACCCGACCACGUCUGGUUUCCCCUCAGAUUUAGCCACUCCGCUCCGUGUUUCCAGAUGUGACUGACAAGUCGUUUUAUGUCGCCCGCAUUGAGCUGUGCGCUGUUCAUCUCGGAUAGACUGUGACACCAUGGCUUUGGUUAUGGAACCUAUAAGUAAAUGGACACCAAAGCAGGUGCUGGACUGGAUGAAAGGUCUGGAUGACUGUCUCCAGCAGUACAUCAAGAGUUUCGAGCGGGAGCAGAUGGGAGGAGAGCAGCUGCUUCACAUCACCCAUCAGGAGCUGGAGGAGCUGGGUGUCACCAGGAUAGGACACCAGGAGCUCAUCCUGGAAGCCGUGGACCUCCUCUGCGCCCUGAACUACGGACUAGAGACAGAGAACCUCCGGACUCUAUCCCACAAACUCAACGCUUCAGCAAAGAACCUCCAAAAUUUCAUCCUCGGCAGACGGAGGGGCGGCCAUUAUGAUGGGCGAGCUUCCCGAAGGCUACCAAAUGAUUUUCUCACUUCAGUGGUGGAUCUAAUUGGUGCAGCCAAGAACUUGCUAGCUUGGCUUGACAGGUCUCCGUUUGCCAGUGUGACAGAGUAUUCAUUACUGAAGAACAACAUUGUGCAGCUCUGCCUAGAAUUAACCACCAUUGUACAACAGGACUGCACUGUCUAUGAGACAGAGAAUAAAAUUCUUCACGUGUGUAAGACCUUAGCAGGGAUAUGCGAUCACAUCAUCUCUCUGUCGUCAGACUCUCUGGUCUCUCAGUCUGCCCAUCUGGAGGUGGUCCACCUUACCAGCAUCAUGCCAAACGAAGGCCUGGGGAUGUAUAUAAAAUCAACAUAUGAUGGACUCCAUGUUAUCACCGGAACCACAGAGAAUUCUCCAGCAGAUCAGUGUAAGAAGAUCCAUCCAGGGGAUGAGGUGAUCCAAGUCAACCACCAGACAGUGGUGGGCUGGCAACUGAAGAACCUGGUGAAUGCUCUAAGAGAGGACCCAUGUGGAGUCAUCCUCACGCUGAAGAAAAGGCCCCAGAACACCCUGAGCUCCACACCAGCUCUGCUCAGGAACGUCCGCUGGAAACCACUGGGCCUGCAGCCGGUCCCGACCAGCCCCACCAGCACCUCACCUACACCCGGUGGAACUUUGGGCAUGUCCAAAAUGGAUGCCCCCAGCAUGCAGGACGUCUAUAUCCUCUCUCCUGUUUCCGGACUCUAUAGCACCAGGGAGGAGAUGGGUCUGAUGUCAUGUGACGACAUCAGCCGCUACAGCGUUAGCUCCCAGUCGGGCUCUAAAGGUUCAGAGGCGGUCAGUUACUACCUGGACCAGGACAGCGGUCAGUACUUCUCCUUGCUGGAAGGAGAUGGACCGCUGGGACCUGACUAUGACAGGGGUCGCAAUACGGGGGUUCGUCGGCGAGAUAAGACCCCUACCCAUGGUGACCUCAGACCCGUUUCCAUGCCUCCCGAAUAUAACUGGAUGGCCGAGGCCAAGGAACCCAGCAUGGGCAAGAGAGGGAGCCGAGAUUCAGACAACUCCCUCCUGCGCUACCUUAGUGACGACAAGAUCCUGGUGAUCGAGGAAGAACCCGAGGGUCCGAGCAGAGAAAGCCGCCGGGAUUCCACCAGACGCUCGAGGCGUAAGAGCCGUAAUCCCAGCAGCCCUAGUUUUCCCAUCAGCCCCUCCAUGCUGUCCUCCACCCUGCGCCUAGACCAGCCACCUGAAGCUUUGCCUAGAGGUGCAGACACACUGAGGGCAGACACAACAGACAGGUACUCGGGCUCAGGAAGCUCGGGAGCCGCCUCCAUGAGGAAGUCUUUCCAUUACACCUCCCUAAGAACGAAAACCAAAAAGAGAAGUAAAGGUUCCCUCACUAGUGCCAGUCGAAGGAGAAUCUCCUGUAAGGAUCUCGGCCACGGUGACUGUGAAGGCUGGCUAUGGAAAAAGAAGGACGCUAAAGGCUACUUCACCCAAAAAUGGAGGAAGUACUGGUUUAUCCUCAAAGAGUCUUGUCUCUACUGGUACACCAACCAAAACGAUGAGAAGGCUGAGGGCUUCAUCAGCCUCCCUGAGUUCAGAAUAGACCGAGCCAUAGAGUGCAGACGGAAAUUUGCCUUCAAAGCCUGUCAUCCGAAAAUCAAGAGCUUCUUCUUCGCCACAGAUUGUCUUGAGGAAAUGAACAGGUGGAUGAACCGGCUGGGUCUAGCUGCUAUUGGAUACACACCAGAUGAUAAGGUGCCUCGCCCUGAUGAAGACUAUUGGAGUGAGAGCGAUCAAGACGAUGUUGACGGCUCGAUGACACUCAAACAGGAGGGACCUUCAUCAUUCUGUGAUACUUACCAUCGCACACCAUCGGUUAAUUCUUCUAGCCCCUUCCCUGAGCCUAAGCAUGGUCGGCAUUUCUCCAGCGAGUCCACACACUCCCACUCCUCUGCUGAGGACCAGCGUGGAGACAGCAUGGGCAUGGGAACUGGCACAGGCAGCACCAGUACCCACUCAUCCGGCUGCCGCUCUUCCCAUCGUGAACGACGCUCCUGGCAGGACCUUAUUGAGACCCCUCUGACCAGCGCAGGGCUGCACUUCCUCCAGACAGCACCGGGGGAGAGUGAGUAUGGCGGCUUAAUGGGGAGCAUGGCUGGAGAAAUGGGGUUCUACGGAGGGCUGGGCAGACAGGGCAUGUCCCCAGAGAGACGCAGGCAGGCCACGCUGCCCGUACGGAGACACCACGCCGCAGAGAGGGACAGAGAACGGGAUGGGCCCUUCCCUCUGGAGCGGGGGCCGUACACACACAGCCACACACACAGGCGCUCCCACAAGCAGCGGAGCCAGAGUCUCCCCAGGAACAGGGACCCGAUGCCAGGAAAGCUGCUGCACACCUCUGCUCACAUGGAGGAGAGGAGUGAAGACGAGGAGGCAGAAGAGCAGGCUGCAGAUAUGCUUGAGGGUGAGGAGGAUCUGCGGGAGCUGAGAGUGGAGAGCAGAGAGAGGAGGGUGUCGGAGGGACGGGAGCGGCGAGUUUCAGAGUGCCGCGAGCCCGAGCCGCUGGAUGGGCUAGAGCAGCUCUAUCGGGCCCUGGAGCAAGCCAACGUGACAGCUUUAGGAGACCCUAGACCAUGUAGCAGGCAGGAGCUUCGACGCUGUUUCAUCCAGAGAGCCAGGGACCCCCUGCUCAACGACAGGCUGCACCGGGUCCGAGCCCUCCGUAGCACCUUGAAGGCCAAAGAGUCGGAGCUAGCAGUGAUCUGUUCCCUCCUGGAGGACCCUGGCCUGUGCUCCCAAACCUUCAGAGAAUGGAAGCAGUGGCACAGCGAGCUCUACUCAGACAUCUGCCAGCUCAGCCCCGGCACCAACGGCCAGGAUGACCUCUCCCCGCUGGCCGCACCUCUCAUGACCCACACGCACUCCUUCAUCGAGACCCACGUGUGAGAAAGAGACGAGAAGCGAAGGCUGAACUGACACGCACACGCAAACACACACACGCGCGCAGCAACACGGAACUUUACAUUAGCUAACCCUCUGUCCUGGUCACGACUCUGAGCAUGCACACACACACACACACACACACAUUGUAAGAUGUGUAAAUAUCAUAGAGGGAACAGUCUGAGACCUGCGUGUAUGAACUUUUGAUAAUCCCGAGGACCCCACAGGGUGCCAAUUGCAUGCCUGAACAGAAAGCAUUAAUCUUCCUUUGUCUAUGGAUCUCAGCAUAAACGCCACACGCUUGUCAAGCAAAACGGGGGGAAAAAACAGACUUUUUAACACAAAUUUUUUCUUUUAUAUUCUCUAGGUUUUGCUUUUGCUUUUUUUUUCUGCUUUAUUUUAGGGGUAAGGGGGAGCUAUGUAGCAGCAAUACAGAGGAAAACCCUUUUCACCACAACACUGUACUUUUGUACUGAUGAACUUUGCACCCAGAGCCACCAGUUCUCCCCCUUUCUCUCUGUGUUUUUUUUCCUCUUGCGUAUCUUUUUGAGUUACAGGGACCUCACUGUUAUUUCAGGCUGAUCUCACGGCACAGUGCGGGGAAAGUAAAGUGUGAAACUGUGAGAGGUAGCCAGCAAUGUCGGUUUAUCAGCGAGAACCCCUUUGCGCUGGCCGGAUUCAUGUGCUGAAGGAGGCUCCUCUGAACGAGUGCAGUUCUGUUGGCAUCUUCUCUUCCUCUCGUUUCUCUCCAUCACCUUCUCUUUUCUUAGCGACUUCUUUCUCUAGUCCUCAAAGACUUGUGUAUAUGUGUAUACUGAUGUAAAUGUUUGCGUUCCACUACCACUGUGAUAGGCUUCUAGAGGUAGCGGAGGGAAGACAGAGAGUAUGUAUUUGUGCGGGUGCAAAACAAGUUUAUUAUUAUUACUUUUUUUUGGUUUCUUUCGUAGUUUUUUUUCCUUAAACCGUGAAUGCAAGAGCUUAGAGAGUUCUUUUUCAGUCACUCACUACAACGAAUGCACUUUCUAUAUCUCUAUAUCUCAUCGGCUGCAUCACAGGGUCUACGUGUCAUCGGCCUCAUUACCAUUGCUGUUCAAAUAUCAGGUAAAAGCAUUUGCCGUCUCAUUUUCUAAAGAUUUGUGUACAGUCUACAAAUAUAUUUAAACAUAGAAGACUAUAUAAAAUCUAUUUACGUUUUGUGUCAUAGAAAUAAUGUAAAGUAUGAUGUAUUCUAUGCCAAGGUUCUGCAGUGUCCCCCUCUUCACUCUGUAGAUGCAGGGUGUUUAGCAGUCGAACAAAUAGGAUGCGACCGACAGCCGUCGCUGAUGGUCUUUACUGGUUUACAUCAUGGCUGACCAUUCUCUGGGUGGUGCGUUGCAUGAGACAAAGGCCUGGGACUGAUUUGAAUGGACAGGGUAAAAUACUGUGGAUCAUUUGUGUUCCUUUUUUUGUUCCUUCUCACAAUUGCAAGGUAAUUAGACUCGUAGCGCAUGAUAGAUGCAAAAGUACCGUCGAAGGAUGACUUUUUCUUUAUGUGCUCGUAGCUUUCAAGUCUUUGUUUUUCAUUCUGCAGUGUUUAGAGACACGUACUGUACCAUGAGAGUUAAGGGAGGUUUUUCCUUCUCCUUUAGCAUCCAAGCAGCAGGUUAUAAUUUGAUGUUUGGCUCACAUAGAAGACCGACCUGCAUCCUAAAGAAGCUUCUGACACCUCACUCCAAGUUACAUCACUGCAGUUGCUUCCAAAGUGAAAGCUAAUUUGACAUUCCCUCUAAGCAUAUGGUUGAUACUGGGCAGUCAUAACCUCUGCACUAAACGGUCUGUAAUGUCUGUGAAACCGGGAUGAAUCAUUUCAUCUGCAAUAUCAGGCCAAGGACUCAACGGUGCCCCCCAGCGUCGAGGACUCCGAGAGACACGUGUAGCACCUGCUGCAUCCAGCACUGUCUGUACUUAGUCUUCAUAUUUUACUGUUGUUCUUCUUCAUGAGUUUUCAUCAUGUCACACUGUAGUGAAAUAUCAAACGUGCCCCAGAGAUAUAGCUCAUGUUAUUUGCCUGUUAUUUCUUUAUUUUUGUUUUUUUUUGCUAGUUUGUUUUUUAAUGAUUAAUUUGAGAGUAACACAAAGAAACUCAAUGAUGCAAGCACUUUCCCUGUGCCUCCCAAUCCUCUCUUUGGCAACGAAAGGACUGACUAUUUCCACACACAGGCACGCACACACACACACAGACACACACGCGCAGCUGUAGAAGAGUUACAAUACAGUUUUAGUCUGCAGACCUCUCUCUGUUUGUCAUCUGUAGUGUUGGUCUUCUUUCUCCAACCGCUGCUCUGACAUACUGUAGAUUAAAGGAGUUCUGAGAGUUUUCAUUUGUAGGCACCGACUGUGUUAUUCCUCCCGAAUCUUUUUGUGUGUGUAAACCUGCAGAAACAGGCCGAAAAGGGAGAUUCCACUGUGUGUUCUUUCAGGGGUGUACACCUCAUGGUACAUUGCACAGGUGUGUAAGAUGUAAGUUGCACUGCGACAUUAAAAAAAAGGAACAUAUUGCUCUUUUUCAAGGAUAAUAUUAGCUUACUGUUAUUCUGUACAUUAAAAUGACUAAAGACGAUAUUAAAAAAGAAAGAAAAUUACAUUUAUUCUUCCUAAAGUAGCCUUUUUUGGUUUCAUAUAUAUGAAUAUAUAUUACAGAAAAUACAGAUUGUAAACCUAAGUUGUUAAACUUUGACUUCAAUAAACUGAAUCCUCUGCA